AUGCAAUUUGAACAUGACUAUGACUUUUAUGAAUGUUCAGAGAGUAUUCAUGAUAUCCUGAAUCGUCAACAUGACACACCUCAGUCUGCUGAAAACAGUUUAUCGCUUCUACGAAAUACACUGCUAUCAAGCCCCUGUCCAGCAGAGUUGAGAGGAAAGGUUUGGAAACUAUUGCUCCGAAUCAAUCGCAUCUCAGCAUCAACUUAUAUCAACUUGAUUGAAAUGGGGCCCAGUUCUGUGGAUGAAAAGAUCAGACAUGAUACAUUUCGCACCAUGUCAACAGACUCUGAUUUUGUAGAGCAUGUGUCUGAAGACAUGUUGAUUCGCUUGCUGAAUGCUUUUGUAUGGACAAGUGAUGACUCUAGCACGGAUUUCUUUCAGAACCGUAACGCUGUAUCGUAUGUGCAAGGAAUGAAUGUACUGGCAGCUCCUUUCCUCAUGACGAUGCCCGAGAUGGAGGCUUUCUUUUCGUUUUCGAUGUUUAUCUAUGAUUGGUGUCCACUCUAUGUUUUGCCUACAAUGAAAGGUGUUCAUUGCGGUCUUCGAUUACUCGACCUCUGUCUCAGCUCUCUUGAUCCCAUUCUAUACGGCUAUUUGCGAGGAAAGAAUCUAUCUGCCAGCACAUAUGCGUUUGCAUCUGUCAUGACAUUCUCUGCUUGUACUCCACCAUUAUCAGAAUUGCUACAGCUGUGGGAUUACAUGUUUGCCUAUGGAAUUCAUCUCAACAUCCUGUUCAUUAUUGCUCAACUAGCAUUGAUCCGUGCUGAUCUCUUGAAUAGUCCUAGUCCCGCCAAUCUGCUCCGUGUAUUGCCGCCUCUCAACGCAAAAGAGAUCAUGAAUCUGACAGUUUCCCUUUGUAGAAACCUGCCUCUUGAUCUAUACGACAAACUAGUUCGCCAUGCCUACGACGAGUCAGUAGCAGAUGAUUUGGGCAUUAAGCCUACUAGUGCUAAUUGGUCAGAGCAUCAAACUGACUCUGACGAUCUCCCAGCGUAUAUGCGGGAUGCCAUGCACACUAGAAGCAAAUUUAAGCGAGAAUAG